AUGGAGGCCCGAGCGCCGUGGGAAGGGGAGGAGGGCAUAAAGAACACGGUGGGACGGCUCGAGCUCCUCUUGGCAGCCGACCGACCAGAGGACCGCCCGGGAGAGGAGCAGCUGCUGCCCGCCUGUAGCCUGUCCGUCACCAUGAACCCCCCAUCCCUGGACACAGCCAUCCAGCACGCCCUGGCAGGUCUGUACCCCCCGUUUGAGGCUACAGCACCUACAGUCCUGGGUCAGGUGUUCCGUCUCCUGGACUCUGACUUCCAAGGGGAUGGGCUGAACUUCCUCCUGGAUUUCCUGAUUCCUGCCAAGCGCCUGUGUGAGCAAGUGCGUGAAGCAGCCUGUGCCCCCUACUCACACUGCCUCUUCCUGCAUGAGGGCUGGCCACUCUGUCUGCGGAAUGAAGUCGUGGUCCACCUGGCACCCCUUAAUCCCCUCUUAUUGCGCCAGGGUGACUUCUACCUCCAAGUUGAGCCCCAGGAGGAGCAGUCUGUCUGCAUCAUGGUCAAGUGCCUCUCCUUGGACCUCCGCACAGUGGACAAGAAGCCUAUCCCUGAGUCAUCCUACCCUAUACUUUUUACCCAAGAAUGGCUGGAGGCCAUCAAUAAUGACUUUGAAGGAAGUCCCCUACACAACUGCCUGGUAGCUUCAGAAAAUGGGAUUUCCCUCAUGCCUUGGACCAAGAUAACCAGCCCAGAGUUUGUAGAUGACAGACCACAAGAAGCAAAUGUCCUCUCCCCAGUCUGGGGAUCCCUUCAAUUAGAGGCACUUGAUUUGGGUGGCCCCCAAAAGCUGCACCAGGCUAGGUCCUCAGGCAGCCAGGAGUUUCUAGCCUGGAGUUUGGCCAAGGGUAUGGGCAGGACUAAUGGGAACAAGUAUCCUGGACUCAUCAAGGUAGAGCAAGCCAGGACUGCAGAAGUGGCCUUCAGGUUGGGUGAUGUGGCCAGCCAGGACUUAGAGGGAGAUUAUGUGGCUCUUCUGGACUUUUGCCAAGAGAGCAGUGGAGGGUCUUACAGCAAGUGUUCUUAUGGGGCACUGGAGGAGCUAUCCCAAACUAAGGAAAUCCCUCCCUCUCAAAGGAUGCUGCUACCCUCAGGGACCAAUGGGGAAUCUUCUUUGGAAAAAUGGACUUGUGCAAAGUCAGCAAGCUCAAAGGAGGAACGGUGCAUUUUGGGCUUGAGGCGAAAGGUCAACCAUGAAACACCCAUUCAUGACUCAGAACACCCACCACAAGAACCCUACCUCAGUGACCUGGAGAACCCACUGGACUGUGCCUCUAGUCUCAAGGCAGGUGUCUCAGAAGAGCUAGCUGCCUCCAAGAGCCAGAGAUCUCGAGGAAACCCAGAGCAUAGGUCCCAGGUCAGGCCAGGACCAAGACAAGCUUCUUCUCCUUGCCUAUCCCCAGCUUCUGUUCCCUCCCCUGAAACAAGGAGGAAGGAGAAGACCACGCAGGGAGAUGGAAGACUGCCCAAGCCUAUGACCAGCCCUAGCCAAAGCACCUCAUCUUCUGGGUCCCCCAGUCCUGGACUCAAGUUCUCAUUCUUGAAAGGGCAGAAGUUAUCUCCUGCAUCCCCUGAGAAAGCCUCGCUCCAGCACGAUGGGCCUUGGAAAGUCCUGUGCUCUCUCUACUCUCCCAAAUCCAUCCAAGCCAAGUCCUUGGGGAAAGCUGGAACAACUCAGACUAAAACAUCUGGCCCAGCUGUUGACUCAGGCCCACUGACGGCCACAAAGGCUGGAUUCUCAGAAGCUUCUGCAGGCCCACCAGAAAGAGGCCCCACCCUGGACGAGGACUCCCCGUGGCCUGAGCCCAGCAUUGGGGCUCUGAGUGUUGAGAUCUGCCACUCCAGGAUAGCAUGCUUGCCAGGUGGUCGGGACAGGGCAGGGCGGCCACUGCUUCUGGUGUCAGCCAAGGAGGGAUCUUGGGACGCGCCAUGGUGCUCGGUUUCAGAAGUCACCAAGUUGCUCUCCUACCUGUGUACCAUCCCCAGGCUCUCUGACGGGUUGGUCUUGGUGCCAGCCUCCAUCCAGGUGCUGCUCUUCCUGGGGGAAAAGGAGGCUGCUCUCCAGCUGGAGACAUUACCUGACGUCCAGGCCCUGGAAGGCCCCUUUCCCUACUGCCACAGCGAGUGGGUGCAAUUUUUCCAGAAGCUGGACCCUUUCCUCACGGACCUCCGCCAGGCCUCAUCCCUGCUGCAGGCUUCCAUAGAGGAGUUUGAGAAGGGUGACCCUCCUGGAGGGGUGCAGGAAGCUGCCAGGUGCCUGAGCAAGUCCAAGGAGCUGAUGGAGGCCGUGCUCAGGGACCCGGGCCUGCUGGGCCUCCAGCGAGAAGGUGGAGCCACCCUGGCCAGGCUGCAAUGGGAGGCCAGCAGGCUGAACUUCAACCCAGACAUCAGGAGCCACCUGGCCAAAGCUGUUGCCUUAUAUGGCCUUGUGGAUGAGCAGCUGCAUGUCCUAGUCAUGGCGUCCAACCACCUUCUGGGAAAGCUGGAGCUCCGAGUCCGCCUGGGCCGCCUGGAGGCUUCUAUCCAUCAGGUCAGCGAAUGGAUGGAGCAGGAAGGCAGCCGGUGCCUGCAAGCCCUGACUCCCAAGGAUGGAAGCUUGGAGACAGUGGAGAAAGCUCACUCGGAAUUUGAGGAAUUCUUCCUUCAGGCGGCAGCGCAGUACCGCCGCGGCCUCGCGUUGUCCAAGCAGGCGGCCCAGCUGGGAGCUGCAGCUGGAGGGGCCGACGAGGUGGGUGGGGCAGGCUUCCCGGAGAUGGCGGCCUUUGUCACCACCCAGCGGGCCUUCCAGGCUAAGCUGACCCACUUCUACAUGGCAGCGGAGCGGCAACGCACAGACCUGGAGACGCUGCUCCACCUACACCGCUUCUGCAAGAAGAUGACCUGGUUCCACAUGGACUGUCAGGACCUGAUGACCCAGCUCAGGCUGGGCAAAGCCCAAGGAGCCAGCCCUGGGGACCAGCACCGCCUCCACCGCUACUUGCAGCGGCUGGCCUCUGAGUUCACUGCUGAGAAGCUCAUGGCCGUGGGGCUGCAGGUAGCCUCCCUGAGCUGGGCAGGCCUGGGCCAGGACCUGUGGGAGGAGGCCCGCGGCCGGCACGAGGAGGUCCAGAUCCUCCUGAAGAAGGCGUUGGCCUGCUGUCCUCACCCAGCAGCCCCCUCUGCCCACGUGGCACACCUCGGAGUGGCAGCUUCCAUGGUCCAGGGUCUGAAUGGCAUCUCUUCCAGAGGAAGGCAGGACCCAUCCCUGCAGGACUCACCAGGUGUGGAGCACCUGCCCAAAUCCUGUUGGCCUUCUCGGGCCACCAGAGCAGGGCAGAACAGAAAUUUCCGGCUAAGCCCUCUGCCCCAGGAAGCUGGCCAGGCUGUGGAGGCUGAUGAAGGCAAAGGCCCUCGUGAGCCCCUGGAUCCUGCCCCUGAGCUUUCCCCCACCACCUUCUUCUCCUGGCAGCGCCCCCCCAGGCAGCUCUGCUUGGGCCCUCCCGGCCAGGUCCCCUGCCUGGCUGGGGGCAGCUUCUCUUCAGAGAGAACAGACUCACAGGCAUCUCUGGAGGACUCCCCCCAGACUAGUCCCCCUUCGUCCCUCUAG